ACACACCUAGUCAGUGUAAAUAAUUAUGAUAAUUUUCAUAAUUUGCAGACAAUUAUGGCUCCAAUGAGCAAUGCUGAACGACAGCGACUGUUCCGUGCUCGCCGCAAUGCAGACCCAGAGAGGAGGCAGCAGUAUCUAGAGAUGGAGCAGCAAAGAUGGAGACGAGAUGUUGAAAGAGGGAAGAAGUUGUUGAUCAAAGAUCUGAGUGAGAGGGACCAACGACAGUUAAGGAAAAAGUGGAAGGAACAGAAUGAAAAGAGAAAGCAGGCAAAGGCUAGGAUGAAGGCUUUUGACACCCCUCCUGAGAGUCCCGAGAUUUUCCAGCCAGGAUCUGCAGAGAGGCAACAGGCAGGACCUUCAAGGCAACUUCAGCAAGGGAGGCAACAGGUCAGGAAGCACCGAGAAAAACUUAAGAAAGAAGUUGAGCUAUUAACCAAAUUGCUAGAGAAGGAAAAAAAGCGAGCUGAAAAAUUCAGAAAAAGAUGUUCUCGCCUACGUACAAAGGAAUCUCCACGUUCUCGAGUGAAUAAGUUUACUAAAACUGGAAAAGUUACCCCAAUGAUCAGAAGAAAACUCCUCUACCAUGAAGCCUUGGUAGAAGAGAUAAAGAACAAGUACCUGAAAACAAGAAAAGAGAAAGAAAAACAACUAAUUGUGAAGGUAUUGGUCGGGAGAAUUAUUAAGAAAUACAGGCUACAAGGAUUUGCCGAGAAAACACUGGGGUUUUCAAAAAAACGGCGCAGGCUCCAAGAUAAUGGCCUUUGCAACACCUCAAGGAAACCCACCAAUAGACUGCCCCCUGCCUUAAAACAAUGUACAAUCCUUUUAUUGCAGAGAUGAUGUCAGUCGCAUCACUACAGGUCGCAAACAAACACUGACCAGAGGCAAGGUGAAAAAACAGAAAAGGUUUCUGAUGGAUACCAUGAAGAAUAUCCACAGAAAAUUCCUCUCGGAACAAAUGCACACGAUAUCCUACUCCCUUUUCUGUAGGCUGCGGCCAUUUUGGGUUGUAUUUCCCUCUCUGUCUGACCGGGACACUUGUUUGUGCAAGACACAUGAUAACCUUGAAUUCGUCGUCAUGAAGAUGUUUCACUUGAAACUCAUCAACACCACAGAUCUUGAGAUGUUAACGAAGAUGAUAUCUUGCGACACAAACAACAAAAUCUGCAUGUAUGAUGAGUGCGCAGAAUGCAAGAACCAACUCAUCCUGCUCCCAGAAUAUGAUAAGACAAAGAUGGUGUCCUUCGAUCAGUGGGGCAUAGGUCUGAAAGAAAAAAAGGAUGCAAAAGAUGGUACCACCACUGUUAGGUACACACUUAAGAAGCAGGUGGAAGAUACCCAAGAGAAUCUGGUGGAUUUGUUCCAUGCACUUCUGCAUAAGUUUAAACGACAUACAUUUAACAUAACCCAGCAGUUCUUUUACAUUAGAGAGUUGAAAAAAACUCUAUCAGAGGAAGAGGCAAUCAUACACGUCGACUUCUCUGAAAAUUACACCUGCAAGUACAGCUCAGAGAUACAGUCUGUUCACUUUGGUUCCUCACACAACCAAGCUACACUGCACACUGGUGUCCUUUACUGUGGUGAGGCUGUAGUCGUCGUGCCCUUCUGUACAGUGUCACCUUCCAAACAUAAGAGUCCUCCAGCCAUAUGAGAGCACAUGGCUCCAGUCCUGGAUCAUCUGCAGAGUACAUACCCUCAAGUGUCAAUU